CCCCGCCGCUCUGCCGUAAAGCGCCGCGGCCAGCGCGACAACAUGGCCGCGCCCCUUCCCGUCAUCCCCCGCGCGCCGCAGCCGCCGCCGGAGGAGCCGCUUCGGUCUCGGAACCCCCCGCGCGGAGCGAGGAGAUGCACGGGCGGCUCAAGCUCCGCCCCCCGGACGCCGCCCGGCGCCGACAGCGGGAGGAGAAACUGCGGCUGUACGGGAGGCCAUGGACACCUUACUGGGGCAGGGGGCGCCCCCCCGCCCAGGUGCUGUCCCUGACCGGCUCCGUCCUGGCGGCGAAUCCCGACGUGGGAACCUGCUGGAACCUGCGGAGACGGGCCCUGGAUGCACUGGGGGGGGACUGGGUGCCGGGCGAGCUGGCGUUCGUGGCCUCGUGCCUGGGCGUGAACCCCAAGUCCUACGGGGCGUGGCACCACCGGGCGUGGCUGCUCGGCCACGCCCGAGCGCCCCCCGCUGGCCGGGAGGACCGAGCGCUGUGCGAGCGGCUGCUGACCUCUGACCCCAGGAACUUCCACGCCUGGGAGCACCGGCGGGCGCUGGUUUCCCGGGAAGACCCCGAUUCCGAGCUGGCCUUCGCCGGCGACCUCCUGAGCCGCGACUUCUCCAACUUCUCGGCCUGGCACCACCGGCUGCGGCUCCUGCUGCCCGCCGGGAACCUGCCCCCCGACAGGCUGAAGGCGGAGCUGGAGCUGGUGCAGAACGCCGUCUUCACCGACCCCACCGACCAGAGUGCCUGGGUCUACCUGCGCUGCAUCCUCUCCCGAGCCACGCCCCCGCCGAGGAUCAUCUGCGUGUACGUCAACCGGGAGGACGCCACGUUGGCCGUCGUCUUCUCCCGCCCCGUCGUGGUGACCCCGGAUCGCCCAGACCUGACGGCGACGCUGGAUGGCUCCGCCCUGGAAGGGGCGUGGCGCUCGGGGGAGGGGCGGCCACGCCCCAGCCACACCUGGCUCCUGGACCUGCCCCGCCCUGCCGAGGCCCCGCCCACCGAGCAGAGGCCACGCCUCCACCUGGGCGUCACCUGGGAGCCUGACUCCGCCCACCGCCAGGUGACGCUGCUCCCAGACCAGGACGAGGCCUGGUGGCAGGAGCCAAUCGUGGCCCGGGAGCUGUUUUGGCCCGAGGUGGGCGUGGCCGACCCGCAGGUGCUGCGGGAACAGGUGGAGACCUGCCGGGAACUGCUGGAGUUGGAGCCCCGGAGCCGAGGCUGCCUCCUCACCCUCUCGCUGCUGCUCUCGGCGCUGGACCCCCUUGGCCACGCCCACGAGGCUCGACAGCACCUGCAGCACCUGAAGGAGGCCGACCCGCUGCGAUUGGGCUUCGUGGCCGACGCGGCCUCGCGAUUGGAGGCGGCGCUGGGGGUGCUGGGGUUGGGGGCGGGGCCUGGGCCGCUGUGGCUCCGCCUACCCGAGAAGGCGCUGACGUCACUUCCCCUGGCGGAGCGACUGGUCCUGGUGACCCACCUGGACCUUUCCGGGAACCUCCUCAGGAGCCUCCCCCGGAAUUUGGGGGCCCUUCGGUGCCUCCAGGAGCUGGACCUGUCCCGGAACCGGAUGUCGGAUUUGGGGCCGUUCCCGCCCCUCCCCCGCCUGGAGCGGCUGCGGCUCGAUGGGAACCCCAUCAGCCACGCCCCCGCCCUCGCCCCAUUGGCCGCCUGCCCCCGCCUGGCUCGCCUGGGAUUGGCCGAGACCCCCCUGAGCUCCGCCCCCGACGGCCCCGCCCAGCUGGCCCAGCUCCUCCCCCUCGUCGACGUCGCCUGGACCUGAUUGGCCGCUGGACGGAGGCCACGCCCACCCGCAUGUUGCUGCUGGCCACGCCCCUUCCUGGCUUGGCCCCGCCCCUCGAGGGGCGUGUCUAAUAAAGUGAUGUCACAGUG